AUGAGCUCUUUCAGAAGUUUGACUGCCGAUCGCAAGCCUUUGGAUGAAUUUGAAAGAAGAGCUUCAUUAUUCGCGGCGACCCAGCGGGGUGCGACAAGUACUGGCAUAACACUGGACCUGUUCGAAUGGCGCGAAAAUGCCGCCCAAGGUGUUGAUCAGUGUAAUCUGAAGUCUGUGCAAGAGCUCGAGUCGAAAAGCGAGGGAGCUGUCCGUGUGAUCUUUGCACCCCGGGAUACGCCUGCACCAGGGACAACUGAAGCGCUGGUUGAGCUUUUCGAUACAUGCAGUAUUCCAAGCGCAUUCGUCGAUGAGAGCUUACGAGCUGUUUCGCAGUCGUUUGCAGCGCGAGAAGAUCUGGAUGGCUCGAUGUGCAUAUGGUUUCACCUUUUGUGCAAUACGCUUGCUAUACCCGAGAACACGACCGCGCCCGCCGAAGUAGCUGAAGGUCGGCAGACGGUAGAGCCUCCGAGUCGAACACACUUCACCUGGUUGAAGCCAGGUAUUGUGCUGAGAAUCAGAAAGCCAUCAACGACAUUGCCAAAGCCAGUACGAACGUCGACAUCAGAUAGUGAUAAUACCUUGGCCGCUAUACCGAGCAAAGCCAGGGUAGAGCUGGUAUGUUUUGGUGCUCCUAGCACACUGCAUGAUAGAAUCCGAGCACUUAUAGCGUCAACCACGUGCGAUGAAUUACUCAACGAUCCGUAUGUAUUGCUAGAGAUUAUGUUUGAGGAGAUGUAUAAGAUCCUGGACUGGACUGCCUGGGCCAUAGCUGACACGUUUGGGCCCUUGGAAACGCAAAUCUCGGGAAUCGCGAGCAAACCGGGGAAAGCAGCUGAGGAAUUGCCGAAACACUUCUUCACGGAACUGCACACCCUCACGAAACAUACAUUGUAUCUGCGUGAGAAUUGCGAAGCAGCCUUGGCUACCCUGAACGAUCUUUAUAGCCAUCACAAGGUAGUGACAGGCGAAAGUCCAGAGAUGCCGCAAAGGCAUACUCGGCAGGCACUCAAAUACAGAAAGACCCUGUUCGAGUCGACGCAGCGACGGCUUGCAAGUCUGAAUGCGAGGCUUUCGAACAUCAUCGAGAUGUCGUUCAACAUCGUCACGCAGGGUGACAGCAAGUUGAUGCAGUCGGAGAAUCAAAGUAUGAAGACUAUUGCGGUGAUGACGCUUGUGUUCAUGCCGCUAGGCACGGUCGCUUCGAUCUUCGGUAGCCAGUUCAUGAAACUUCAGGAUGAACGACCGUAUCGCCUUACGGUGUCGCGCGACUUCUGGUUGAUGUGGGUUAUUGCGAUCCCUUUGACCGCAGUGGUCUUGACCAUCUGGCGGGUAUGGUACGCAGAAGCAAAAGCAAGAUUGGUAGACGGAGUGGAGAAGGGCGGACAUGGCUAUAUGGGAUGGAAGACAUUAUUGCGCAGAGUCAAGGCGAAGAAGGGCACGUUGGAUGCAUGA